AUGUCAAUGUCAGGGCCGGAGCUGAGCGCCCGGUCGGCGGGGGCGGUUUCCCCUCAGAUCCAGGCCUCUGGAAGCUCAUCGCUGACCUUAAAUGCCACGGAGGCCAAGCGUAGAACGACAGGAGACAAGAAGCACCUGAAGCGAGCUCUGUCCACCAUCGAGAAGGAUUCCCUUCGGUACAAGAGCAACCUCUUGAAGCCCUGGCUAGACGAGAAUGGCCAGGUGAUCUGGCCAGAGUCCCGGAUCAGAGUUGCCAAGGUCGUUCUCUCGCAAAGCUUUGAGACCGUCAUGGGCUUGAUCAUCUCCGCCAAUGUCGUGAUCAUGAUUUUUGAGACUGACGCAGAUGCUACAUGUCACCGGGCCCCCAGUGCGGAUCCGAGCUACAACAUGUCCACCUGCACAUCCCAGAGCUCCUCGAUAUUGUGGCUGAGCGUCGUGAACUAUCUGCUACUGACCAUUUAUACAGUCGAGUGUUCCCUGCGUGCGUUUGUGGAACGGGGAGCCUAUCCCUGGAAUAGGUGGAAUCAGAUCGAUAUUGUCACAGUUGUUUCAGGAUGGGGCUCGGCUCUCCUGGCUUCCACUCUUCCGAUCAAUGUCCUGCGGAUCCUAAGACUCAUCCGCCUGGUAAGAGCUGCCCGUGUCGUGAUCUCAGUGCCAGAAUUCUACAUCUUGGUUUCGGGCUUCACCUCAUCCUUCAAGGCCAUCUUGUUCGGAUCUGUCAUGCUGGUGUGUAUUAUCGUGGUGUGGUCGAUCAUUGUGGUCGAGGUUAUACACCCUGUGAAUGUUGGCCUCGAUUAUCCUGCAUCCUGUGACAAUUGCCAUGCGAAAUUCAAGAGUGUUUGGUCAGCCAUGCUCACGAUUUUCCAACAAGUAGUGGCCGGAGAUUCUUGGGGAGAGACUUCUCUCCCCUUGGUGGAAGCAGAACCUUUGACUAUUCUCAUCCUGUUUCCCAUCAUGAUGACCAUCUCCUUGGGUGCCAUGAAUCUUAUCCUUGCAGUCAUCGUCGAGCGUGCGACAGAGGCACGUGAGAACGACCAGGUCAGGAAGGCGCAGACGAAGGAUGCCGAACGAGAAAGCAGCAUGGUUGAGCUGGCACUCCUUUGUGACAGCAUGGACUAUGACGGAAGCGGUACCUUAUCGCUGGAAGAGAUGUUGAGUGGCUUCGACAGUAAUGCGCAUUUCAAGGGCCUCAUGGAGCAAAUGGACAUCAUGCGGGAAGAUAUGGAGACGAUCUUCAACGUGUUGGACUCAAACAGAUCCGGUGAAGUGGACUAUGUCGAGUUCUGCCAGCACUUGGGCAACUUCCGCAAGCGGGACCUUCACAUGAUGCCCUCUCUGAUCAAGUACUCGAUCAUGGAAAUACGGCAGGUGAUCAAGCGCGACAUCGUGCAGAUUCUGGAAGAACAUACCGAGAUGCUUUUUGACAACCUGGAAGUCCUUUCUUCCGUGCCUGCCUGUGGUGAGAAGGCCGAAGAGAUGCGAAUCCGGCGUCGUGCGGCGCCCUCGCUUCGAAGACAGGGCAAGUCUCAGGGCAAACCUCAGUUCUUCGGCUCUGACCCAUCCGGUGGUGGCAGUGCAGCCGCGUACGGCCCAGAGUUGCCGGAAGAGGUGGAGGACCCGCACGAGAUGCUUGAGUGCCUUGAUGUCACCUGCAGGACGCUUCAGUGCAUGCAGGUCCAGCUCGACUCCAUGAUGUCCCGUGCGGAGCAGCUGACUGUUGCAGCCCUGGACAGUGCACAGGAGCCUUUCGCCAAGCGCAAAAGGAUGGACUGGGAGGAUGGAGCACCUAGAGCCGAGGGUAGCUCAUCGCCUGCUCUGGAUAUGCAACAAGCAGCAGAGUUGGAGGCGAAAUGUGCCUCUGUUCUGUCAAACCUGGAGCAGCGAGUGCGCGAAGAGGAAAGCGGGGACGAAGAGGAAGUGGAGGAAAUAGAGGUCUGUUUGGGGUGCUUGUUUGUGGCACUUCGAGGUGGGCCUUUGGAAGAACAGAACGAGCAGCAGUGCCUGCAUCUGGACGGUUACCCGGGGCGCUGCCCAAUCUACAUCAUGAAAGGCGCUUGCUACAGUGAUCAAGAGGGCGUGGCCUGGGCUUGCAUGACUGAUGGCUUGGACGCCGUCCCACCGGCAGGCUGCAGCUCUAUGCAGCUGCCACCUCCGCAUAAGGGCGCCUAUGCAGGCUACUGCAGCUUUUAUCUGAAGCCGACGACACCAACGACGACAAGCACAACGACUCCUUGUCCCGUGUCAAGGCUUCGAAUCGUCAACCGGUGUAUGGAGAAGCCGAUCUGGAUCGCACAUGAGGCCGCCGGAGGCAAAAUUGGCCCCAGCCGGCAGAAUGUGAAGAUCGAGCCAGAUGACUUUCAUGACUUUUGCACCCCCGACAAGCUGGUAGGCACUCGUUACUGGCCAAAGAUGCUGUGUGACGAAGAUGGUGUGAAUUGCUUGUUGGGAAGCAGCGGAGGGCCAGGAGAAGGUUGCAGCGGCGCCGGUCAAUACCUCUCCUGCGCGCCGCCCAUUGACACGAAGUUCGAGGCGACCUUCGGCCGAAGAGGCUGGGCUCGGGGCGUUUCCGGCUGGUCGUCUUUGCUGGCUUCGGCUUUUGUAAACCUGAUAAGUUGCCAGGAGCACCCUGCAAUGGCCAGAGCUCGCAAGAUUGCGACUUCGUUGACGUCAGCUUGGCAGCUUGGUCGAGCUGCGUCCAGUUCCCACGAUUGCCCGCGCGAUUCCGGUUUAGGGUUUAGGGUUCAGGGUUUAGGGUUUAGAGUUAAGCCCUAA